AGCGGCGGGGCCGGCGCCAUGGCCGAGCGGGGCCGCCUGGGCCUGGCCGGCGCGCCCGCCGCGCUCAACACGCCGGUGCCCAUGAACCUGUUCGCCACCUGGGAGGUGGACGGCUCCAGCCCCAGCUGCGUGCCCAGGUUGUGCAGCCUGACCUUGAAGAAGCUGGUGGUCUUCAAGGAGCUGGAGAAGGAGCUCAUCUCGGUGGUGAUUGCUGUCAAGAUGCAGGGCUCCAAGCGGAUCCUGCGGUCCCACGAGAUCGUGCUGCCCCCCAGUGGACAAGUGGAAACUGACCUGGCGCUGACGUUCUCCCUGCAGUACCCCCACUUCUUGAAAAGAGAAGGCAACAAGCUUCAGAUCAUGUUGCAGCGAAGAAAGCGGUACAAGAACCGGACGAUCCUGGGGUACAAAACGCUGGCGGCUGGCUCCAUCAACAUGGCCGAGGUGAUGCAGCACCCCUCCGAGGGCGGCCAGGUGCUGAGCCUUUGCAGCAACAUCAAGGAGGCCGCGGUCAAGGUGGCCGAGAUCUGGAUCUUCUCCCUGUCCAGCCAGCCUAUCGACCACGAGGACAGCACCAUGCAGGCCGGCCCCAAGGCCAAGUCCACCGAUAACUACUCCGAGGAGGAGUACGAGAGCUUCUCCUCCGAGCAGGAGGCCAGCGACGAUGCCGCGCAGGGGCAGGAUUUGGACGAGGAUGACUUCGACGUGGGGAAGCCCAAGAAGCAACGGCGAUCGAUAGUAAGAACGACGUCCAUGACCAGGCAACAGAACUUCAAGCAGAAAGUCGUGGCCCUGCUGCGGAGAUUUAAAGUUUCCGAUGAGGUCCUGGACUCAGAGCAGGACCCGGCAGAGCAUGUCCCCGAGGUGGAGGAGGACCUGGACCUUCUGUACGACACGCUGGACAUGGAGAACCCCAGCGACAGCGGCCCCGACAUGGAGGACGACGACAGCGUCCUCAGCACCCCCAAGCCAAAGCUCAGGCCGUACUUCGAAGGCCUGUCCCACUCCAGCUCGCAGACAGAGAUCGGGAGCAUCCACAGUGCCCGGAGCCAGAAGGAGCCUCCGAGUCCGGCCGACGUGCCUGAGAAGACGCGGGCCCUCGGAGGGAAGCAGCCAAGUGACAGCAUCUCCGAUUCCGUGGCCCAUAGCCCACCUGCCCCGGGGGAGCAGCCAGCCCAGCCCGAGGACAGCCCGGAGGUGGAGACCUCUGCCCUGGACAUGUUCACCGAGAAGCUGCCACCCAGCGGGCGGAUCACCAAGACAGAGUCUCUGGUCAUUCCCUCCACCAGGUCCGAGGGGAAGCAGGCCGGCCGCCGGGGCCGGAGCACGUCGCUGAAGGAGCGGCAGCCGGCGCGUCCGCAGAAUGAGCGGGCCAACAGCCUGGACAACGAGCGCUGCCCGGACACUCGGAGCCCGCUGCAGAUCCCCAGGAAGACUGUGUAUGACCAGUUAAACCACAUCCUCAUCUCCGAUGACCAGCUCCCCGAAAACAUCAUUCUUGUCAACACCUCAGACUGGCAGGGGCAGUUCCUCUCAGACGUCCUGCAGCGGCACACGCUCCCCGUGGUGUGCACGUGCUCUGCUGCCGACGUCCAGGCGGCCUUCAGCACCAUCGUCUCUCGGAUACAGAGAUACUGCAACUGCAAUUCCCAGCCCCCGACCCCCGUGAAGAUCGCCGUGGCGGGGGCGCAGCAUUACCUCAGCGCGAUUCUGCGGCUCUUCGUGGAGCAGCUGUCCCACAAGACCCCCGACUGGCUGGGCUACAUGCGCUUCCUCGUCAUCCCGCUGGGCUCCCACCCGGUGGCCAGAUACCUGGGCUCCGUGGACUACAGGUAUAACAACUUCUUCCAGGAUCUGACCUGGAGAGACCUGUUCAGCAAGCUGGAGGCCCAGAGCGCCGUGCAGGACACGCCGGACAUUGUGUCGAGGAUCACGCAGUACAUCUCGGGGGCCAACUGCGCCCACCAGCUGCCCAUCGCGGAGGCCAUGCUGACCUACAAGCAGAAGAGGAGAAAGAACUUUCAUUUUGACUUUACCCUCAGCCCCGACGAAGAGUCCUCUCAGAAGUUCAUUCCCUUCGUAGGGGUGGUGAAGGUUGGAAUAGUGGAGCCGUCUUCGGCCACAUCAGGUGACUCAGACGACGCGGCCCCCUCGGGCUCCAGCACACUCUCGUCCACCCCGCCGUCCACAUCUCCCGCGGCCAAGGAGGCCUCACCCACCCCGCCCUCCUCCCCGUCGGUGAGCGGGGGCCUGUCCUCCCCCAGCCAGGGCGUCGGCGCCGAGCUGAUGGGGCUGCAGGUGGAUUACUGGACGGCAGCCCAGCCCGCAGACAGGAAGAGAGAUGCGGAGAGGAAGGACCCGCCCACCACCAAAAACACACUCAAGUGCACCUUCCGGUCUCUCCAGGUCAGCAGGCUGCCCAGCAGCGGCGAGGCUGCGGCCACGCCCACCAUGUCCAUGACCGUGGUCACCAAGGAGAAGAACAAGAAGGUGAUGUUCUUGCCCAAGAAAACCAAGGACAAGGAUGUAGAAUCCAAAAGCCAGUGCAUUGAGGGUAUCAGCCGGCUCAUCUGCACCGCCAAGCACCAGCAGAAUAUGCUGCGGGUCCUCAUCGACGGUGUGGAGUGGAACGACGUCAAGUUCUUCCAGCUGGCGGCCCAGUGGUCCUCCCACGUCAAGCACUUCCCCAUCUGCAUCUUCGGACACUCCAAGUCCACCUUUUAGCCCCGCCUGCCGAGGGGCCGCGCCGGCUCCCCGCCCUGCAGCCCUGCGAUGGCCGAGCGCCGGGAGGGCCCAGCUGCUUUCCUGUUAACAUUUCAGUUUACUGCAGAGACAGACCCUUAAAAACCCAGAGAAAAACAGUCUUAACUAUGAACAUGCUCACUACCUGGAAACUAACGGGGCGGCCCCCCACCGGGACCCCAUAACUGCUCUGCUUAUUAACCAGAACGUUCCGGCAGGGGUGGGAGGUCAGGCGGACAGUGUUGAACUUGAGAAUCGUGGAAGGUGUGUUGUGGCCUCAGGACUCCCCCCACCCAGCCCCCCAACAAGAAGGGUUCUUGCCUUUGCGUCCUGUCCUUUCUGAAAGCCAGGACUCUGCUUCCUCGGAGCCAGGGUCCGGCGGGCGGCCCCCCGGACCCCAGGCUGCCUGUGUGCCCAGGCAUCGAGCUGGGUGGCCAGAGGCCAAAGGCCAGCCUUCUGUCGGGGGCGUCCUGGGCGGAACAGAGGCCAGUCAGGCCAGUCAGCCCAGCCCUGGGCCUCAGCCACCAACCAGCCAAGAGAUGCCCCAGCACCGCCCACUCGUGGAUCCCAGUAAACUCCAGCCACAGGGGGCAGUGGAGGUUUUAUAGUAGCGGAUAUUUUUAAUGCUUUCAAAUACAUGUUGCAAUGUAGCUGCCAAACAGACGUUGCUCUUCUGAAGCCCCAACAGCCCCUUAGGGCUAAGGCAGAGCCAGCUGUGCUGCCCGGGGUCCCAGCCCCCCACACCCACUGCUCCCCCGGCCGUCCCUGCGGUGCCGCUCUGCUUCUGCGAGCUGUGCCCGCCCCAAACUUAGUGGGCACAGUGGCUUCCGCAGCUGCCACCUCCUGCCCCCACCCCAGCCCCCCUGCUGGCUGGGAGGUGUCUGGCCAGGCAGCCAGGUGUUUGUCACAUGCAACACUAAUGUGGCCAGACCAUAGGGGCUGAGCCCCGUCGGGGCUGUGGGUGAAGCUGGGGCCCCACCUCUAGGCCGGACUCCUCAGGACGGAGGGGUUUGGGGUCUGGGUCCCUGCGGAGGGGGGCGAGCCUACCCUCCACCUGAGGCCAGGCUCCUCGCCAGUCCUGCUCCCCCACAGGCCUGCACCCCAGCACUCCACAGGAAGAGCCCCCCAGCUCCUGCCCCUUGGCAGCUGUGGCUGUAGGACCGUGGUGACCCACCCAGGGAGCUGUGAGCCCAGUUUCCUAGGGCCGAGAGCCACACAUGCUGUGCUCAGAAAAACAGUGCCAAAUGCAGACAGGUUGCAGGCCUUUCCUGCUCUUCUGGAGGACAGGCCUCACCAACAGCCCGUGGCACAGAGGGGUCCCACUUGGUGGAUGGAAAAUGGCCUGUUUUUCUUACCUGUGACUACCUGCUUACCUCCCCCAGGCGGCUGUACAGGGUCCGAGUGUCCAUGGCUGAGGGCCUUGGACCUAGCUGGCAGACAGGAUUUGGACAUGACCUUGGGCCAGGGGCCCCGCCCCCUGCCCCUCCCUGGGAAGGACCUGGGUGAGGGUGCAGGCCGCUGAGCUGAGGACCCCUUGGGCGGCCUGUGCAGCACCCACCUGCGGCUACACUCAGAAGCAGCCUGGGGACCUUGAGCCUCCCCACCCAUGUUCCCACCACUGGCCUCAGGGCCUUGGUUACUGCUCGAGUUUCCAAAGGUCACACUCAACAGGAAGGAAGUGCAGGUGACACACCCUUGACUUAGCUUUACAGCUGCAGAGCUAGUUUUAGAAGAAGGGCCAAAGGGGGCUGUCCUCCUCACGCCUCCCUGUGUCCUUGUACCCACAAGGAGAAGACACCCAGCACCUCCACCCUGUGCCGCUGGGCCUGCAGAGCCCAGUUGUGGUCUGUCCAGUGCCACGGGGCCCACCGGCCACACUGUUCAUGGGCCCAGGAGUCGUGCAGAUGGCCCCGAUCACCAUAACUCACUUGGAGACCUGGGCUUUGCUCACGCCGGUGCCUCGGUUUCCCCAUCGGCUAAACGGGGAUGGUCACGUUUCCCCUGCCUACCUCAUGGAGCCGUUCUGAGGAUACAUAUAAAAGCACUUUGUCCCUGGGAGGAAGGUGAUGCAGAAGCCAAAGCCGUCUGUGACUGAGCCAGUGCAGCCGUGAGCAUGUGGAGGGCGGUGUGGCCAUGAGAGGAACACGGGCCCCAGACCGUGACCCACAGGACAGGAGCAGGGGUUCUCAGCCCAUUGGGUGACCAGUCACCUUCGGGUAAGGCCAGGCUCCUCGUGGGCCUGGUGGCACGGUGUGGGCAGGCUCUGCGCUCGCUGAGGCCCCGUGGAGGUGAGCUCCAGCCCUGUAUCCAGGUGACUGCUUCUCCCUCCUUGUGUUGGUCCCCUGGGUCCCCGUCUCCUCAGGGCAUGCAGGCCGGUGUCCCGAGUCAGUGUCACGGCUGCAGAUCCGGAAGGAGAGGGACUCUGGGCCCAGAACCAAAGGUCUCUGUGCAGCGGCGGGCAGAUCAGAGCGGCCAGGGUCAGCAUUGCUGCCCUGUCCUCACUCCCAGAUAUGAAGACCUGACUGGCCUUUGUCCCAGAACAGGUUCCUCAUGACAAGACCGGGCCACUUGCUCCCAAAGGCCAGUUGCCUGACCCCUACACCUGUUCCUUGACCCCCUCCCGAGACCUGUCCUGUCCUCCGGUGGAGAGGAAGAUAAGUCCUUGGCAGGGGCCUGAGGACUGGGCUUGGGGGUCCCUCCCCCAGGGGAGGCUAAGGGGUGCCACCGUGCGUUCCUGCAGACCCCCCGUCCAGUUCUUUGUGCAUUGUUUGGUUUCUAGGAUGUACGUGUUGCUAGGUUUUUGGUUCUUUUUCUUUUUAAUGGAAAACAGAAUUAAUGUAAAUAGCGUUUUUGGAAAACAGAUUCUAAUCUGUCACGUUAUGUGACCACGUGGAGUAUUUUAAGGUGCUGAUGCGACACUAAUAAACGCGGGGAGCACUCCCAGGC